AACAAGGCAGCGCUGUUAUUAAACAUUAAUAUUAAAGAUUCAUGUUGAAGGAGCAGGAGCUCCGCCCACACCCAUACCGUGUUCCCGGUAACCCUGGGGAUGUUGGUGUGAAUCAGUUCCCCAUCUGUCUGGGAGUGCGGGGCUCUGCCUGAACCGCACGCCCGGAGGAGGAGCCUGCUUUUCGGGAAGGAGGAAGGGGAUCAGUUCCCGGGGAGAGCGGGAGCCCCCGGGACCAGGACAUGCGCUGUGUAAUAGCGGAUUAGAGCCGCCGUUUCCAGCGCAGCGGAGACGGACAGGGACCGGGAGGAGGCGAUGGACUGGAGCGGGCUCUGGAGCACCAUCCGCCGCUGGUGUGUUGGAGAAGAGAACUGGGUGGAUAGUCGGACAGUUUACAUUGGACAUCGUGAACCCCCUCCAGGCACAGACGCUUACAUUGUACAAAAAUAUCCCGAUAACAGGAUUGUGUCUUCAAAGUAUACUUUCUGGAACUUCAUUCCUAAGAACUUGUUUGAACAGUUCAGAAGAAUUGCUAACUUCUAUUUUCUGAUCAUAUUCCUUGUGCAGGGAUAUGAGGAUUGGCUUCGGCAUAAAGCAGACAACGCAGUAAAUAACUGUCCUGUUCACGUCAUCCAGGAUGGCAAAGUAGUUCAAAAACAGAGCAGAAAAUUGCAGGUUGGAGACAUUGUAAUGACCAAGGAGAAUGAAACUUUUCCAUGUGACAUGGUCUUCUUGUCUUCGAGCAGUGAUGAUGGAACAUGUUUUGUCACUACAGCCAGCCUAGAUGGUGAAUCAAGUACUAAGACUUAUCAAGCUGUUCAAGAUACGAAAGCUUUGCGAACUGAGGCAGAAGUGGACACCUUGAAUGCCAGCAUUGAAUGUGAACAGCCGCAGCCUGAUCUUUACAAUUUUGUUGGCCGGAUCAAUAUUUACCAUGAGACAGAGGAACCCAUUGCAAGGCCGUUGGGAUCAGAGAAUGUGCUGCUGAGGGGAGCAACAUUAAAAAAUACCCAAAGUAUUUAUGGUGUGGCGAUAUACACUGGUAUGGAAACUAAGAUGGCAUUAAAUUACCAAUCCAAGUCACAGAAACGUUCAGCUGUAGAAAAAUCAAUGAAUAUGUUCCUGAUUGUAUACUUGUGCAUAUUGAUUAGUAAAGCUUUGAUAACUACAAUCCUGAAAUACUUGUGGCAAAGUGACUCUGUUCGGGAUGAGCCUUGGUUUAACAUAAAAACACAAGCAGAACGGCAAAGAAAUAAGUUCCUGUCAUCAUUCACGGAUUUUUUGGCUUUUAUGGUCCUUUUCAAUUAUAUCAUCCCGGUCUCCAUGUAUGUCACUGUAGAAAUGCAAAAGUUUCUUGGCUCCUAUUUCAUUUCUUGGGAUGAGGAGAUGUUUGACGAUGAAAUCUGCGAAGGGCCAAUUGUCAACACGUCGGACCUGAAUGAAGAGUUGGGGCAGGUUGAAUAUGUUUUUACAGACAAAACAGGAACCCUGACUGAGAAUAACAUGGAGUUUAUUGAGUGCUGCAUCGAUGGUCAUGUCCAUGUUCAGCACUCCAUAUCUAAUGGCCAGAGCUUUUACAGCAAUGCAGCGAUCGAUUUCAUUGAUGCCCCUACUGGAAUAGCUGAUCAGGAAAGAAAGGAGCUGUUUUUCCGUGCACUGUGCCUUUGCCACACAGUCCAAGUUAAGAGAGAAGACGAGACUGAUUAUCAGAAGCAACACCAAGAUGGGAGAUCCUCAGUUUACAUUUCCUCUUCACCAGAUGAGAUUGCUCUGGUUGAAGGUGUAAAGAGACUUGGCUUCACAUUCCUGCAAGUAAAAGACAAUUUUAUGGAACUUGAGAACCCAGAGGCUGAAAUUGAAAGAUAUGAAUUACUCCAAAUAUUGAAUUUUGACUCAGUGAGACGCCGUAUGAGUGUCAUUGUUAGAUCCGUAACAGGAGAAAUAAUCUUGUUCUGUAAAGGAGCUGAUUUAUCCAUUUUCCCCAGAGUGAAGGCAGGGAAGUUGGACCUGGUCAGACAAAGAGUUCAGCAAAAUGCAGUGGUAUGUUGAGGCAGUUUUGAAUGUUGACUUCAGUCUUUUUUAACAUGGUUCCUAAUGUCUCCAUAUUUUCUCUGCCUUAAAUCUUGAAACUAUUCUAUAGGUUUAAAUGGUAUGUAUUGAAGAAAAGAAUGAUUGAUUAAUGCAAAUUUGUCUCCAUGAGGCUGUCAAUUGAUAAUUUUGUUUUGAAGUGGUGGUAAUCCACAUAUGGCCUAGACAGCUGUACUCUUAAAGGUUAUUUUAUGUAUUUGUUUGGACUCCAGGGAUUCAUUCCUAGACCAGCAGGUUCCAGCUUUUAAUCA